AUGUCCAUUCCCGACUCUCGGGGAAAUGUCAGCACUGUUAAAGCUACGCUGAAUCGAUUGAAAGCAGAAUGCAAGCAGAUAUGGAAAGACUUGCGCAACAAAGAACAGAUGCAGUUUUUCUGGCCGCUAAACACCCCCCUUGAGGUGCAUGAGCUAGUUGGUCCCGAAAGGUUUGAUGCCUCUUCACCAAGAUAUCAAAUGCCAUUCUUCUGGACAAGUACCGGUGUUCCAGCUACUCCUUCCUGGGCAAUGCUUGUUUGUCUCAUUGAGUGUGCCUUUGGAUUGUUUGGCUAUUCCCUGAAUGUGUUACACUUUCUGUUGAAUAUAUUCACUUGCGAAGACAAGCGCUUGCCUGGGUUUAUCUUCUUCGUCACCGUUGCGCAGUAUUCAAUCUUUUAUUCCUUCAAGGUACUCUUUGUCGUUGCAAUUUUGGAGCGCCGAGCUCACCUUUUGCUCGUCCAACUCUGGUUUCAAUACGCCACCUGCGUUUUUAUCCUUCUCGAUGCAGCAUUUGCUUUAGCGGCUGACUUAGGCGGGUAUCCAGAAGAGAAUGUCUACUGCCGGAGAGAUCCACCAUUGAUUAGGAUUGUUGCGGUGUCAUCUCUGGUAUUCCUUUUUGCACAAUUGUACCUACGCGCAAUGACUGUUCCGGUCUAUAACUUCAUAUCGGAUGCAAGGAAAUUCAGGAAAGUUCUACAAAAUUCGAAAAGUCGUUAUCGCAAGCGAGUUUAUUUUUCGUAUUGUUCUAUGAUGCAAGAAGAUCUCAACAAGGAAAAUAAAGAGAAACGCCAAGCAUCUCGUCAGCUUACAAUGCGUGAAAAGCAAGAAGAAGCUUUCAAAAAGCUACAGCUCAAACGAAAUGUCACCUUCAUCCAAAUUGAAGAUGAAGAGUCUCCGGGAUCUACGCCAUCAGUUGCACCAGCUCUAGUGCACAGUACUCCAUCGUCGUCAAUCUCUAAUAUGACGCUGCUUUCGCGAGAAGUUGCCCCUCCAUCUGUCCAUUUGGGAAAAAGAAAACCGAAACCAGAUCGAAGGAGACCAGUAAAGAAAAGAAAAAUACUUGAAAAUAACGGCGAUGAAGGCGAACUUCUUAUUCGCCGACAAUCCCCGAGUAAGAGGAGACAAGGCGCUGUCAGAGUGCAAUUAGAGGUCGACCCCAAAACGGCACGAGUCCUCCUGCGGGAAAAACUUCGUAACGGUGUCUUACCCAAUUUCGGAUCUCGUCAAAAUGCUGAAUAG